AUGGCGACUCGACAAUUAGCCUCAUGGGCCUCCUCGCUGGAGUAUACCUCACUUCAACCCCCAGUCAUCACCGCUGCAUCACGCAGCUUCUACAACUGGCUCGGCUGCGCGCUCGCCGGGUCGCAGCACCGGACGACGACCACUGCACUCAACGCGCUGACGCCGUUCUUUGGACCGGCAACAUCGACUCUUCUCGGCCAUCGGGAGCGAAAAGCAGACGCGGCGCACGCGGCCUUGAUCAACGGAAUUGCCUCGCAUGUCCACGACUACGACGAUACGCACCUGGAAACGAUUAUACAUCCGACAGGGCCGGUGGCCAGUGCGUUGCUUGCGCAGGCUGAGGCGCUGGGGAGAGAGGUCAGUGGCGAGGAAUUCUUACUUGCGCUCGUGGUGGGGGUUGAGGCCGAGUGCAAGAUCGGGUUGGCUGUGUGGCCGAAGCACUAUGAUAUUGGUUGGCAUAUCACCAGUACGACUGGAUCGAUUGGAGCGGCUGUUGCAGUCGGCAAGCUCUUGGGUAUCGGGGAACUAGAGAUGGCCCAUGCGAUCGGUAUUGCUGCUACGCAAGUGACUGGCUUGCGGGAGAUGUUUGGGUCUGAUACCAAGUCUUUCCAUGUCGGCCGUUCUGCACAAAAUGGGCUGAUGGCUGCAAUUCUCGCCUCAAACGGCUACACCAGUUCUCUGCAGGCGCUCGAGUCUAAAAGAGGCUGGGCCAAUGUUGUGAGUGCAUCGAAUGAUCUCGAUAGCCAGAUAGCCUCGCUGGGGAAGGUCUGGGAGACCGAGAAGAAUUCGUUCAAACCGUUUCCCUGCGGGAUCGUAGUACACCCGAUUAUUGAUGGAUGUAUUCAGCUGCACGAGGAGAUGAAGAAGAAAGGCCUGUCGGUGUCUGAUCUCAAGAGCGUACAGUCAAGGGUGCAUCCCUUGGUGCUGGAGUUGACAGGUAAAAAGACGCCGAUGGAUGGCUUACAGGCCAAAUUCAGUGUCUAUCAUGGAGGAGCGGUGGGUCUUGUGCUUGGGAAAGCAGGGCCGGCCCAGUAUGAAGAUCAAGUGGUGCUCAGCGAGGAGAUCACGUCUGUUCGGGAUAAGAUUUCUGCCAUUGCGGAUGAGAAGCUAGGUGCGGAUGGAGCAGAGAUAGCGCUCGAGUUCGGCGAUGGCCAGAAGUUGCAUAGCCAUAUUCGGCAUGCUGUUGGAAGUCUGGAAGUACCCAUGACGGAUGCUCAAUUGAAGGAGAAGUUUGUCGAUCAAGUUGCCUUGGUCCUUGGGAUGGAUGGGGCAAGGCAGGCGAGUAUGAUUGCGGAGGAGAUGAAGGAUGUGGCUGAUGUACGUAGACUUGUGGCUAAAUUACCGAGAGCUUAA